AUGGGUGUUGUCAAGCUUGAUGCCAAGGACCUGGGCUUGGUGGGGAGAAAGAAAACUAGAGGAGAGGACAAGAUGAUGGAUAUUGUUCUGGAUGAAUUUGCAUUGAUCAUCACGUCAGAUGAAGCACAUUUUCACUUGAAUGGCUAUGUAACAAGUAAAAUUGCCGAUAUUGGGCAACUGGUGACCAGAGAGAAUUGCACAAGCUGUCUUCGCACAGACAAAAAGGACUGA